GGGCCGCAGUGGGCUUAAUUCCUCGGACUUGACUGAACGAGACAGCGCCCCAUAAACGCAUCUAACACGUAUCAUAAAGAAUUCAAGCACAACACCAAAAGCAGAAGCAGAGGUUCCUCGAUUCUCUCUUUGCUCCGCUCCGCUUCCUGAUUGGGAGUUUCAAUUGAAGACUACAAUAGGAUUUCUGCAAGCAUCAAUCAUUAUGGAGUUUGUAUCGUAUGAAAAUCUAAAAGAUAAGAACAGUGGAAGCACAGAGAAAGAGGUUGCAGAAGAUGUUCAACCUCAGAACAUGAGAGAGAACCUUAUAGAACAGCCUGCUUCUUUUAAAGACAUUCCAGAAGUUCAUAAGUUUGAUUUUUCCAAUGAGCAUGUUUCUACUGCAUCUAUAGAUGCUUAUGGAGAUGUCAACAUGGAGGCCUCUAUAACAGCUGAUGAAGUUACGAGGGCUGGAGGCUUUGGAGCUCGAGACGAUAUAAGUAGUUUUCUUCCAGUUGCAAGCGACUCCACUGAUUUUGAGGCUUCACUUCGUGAUGCUCGUGACUACGAAGAUUUGCAGGAAGCAAGUGGUAGGCCUGGCCUUGGCUGGAAAGGUGAUGCAAAGUGAAUUUAUUCCUGUUGCAACGUUACAUUAUGUUUUCUUCUGAUAUUUCUUGCUCCUUUAGACUUAGGGUCCUGUUCUUGAUUGAAUAUGUGACUUUAUUGUAUAAGCGAUGUUGUUAAGUUCAAGUGGCAAUUCUGGGGUUCAUUCUCCAUUCUGAAAUUCGCUGUAGCUUUUCAUUUGUUCAUCUAGAAAUGACGCUUGAUGUUCCCGUUCCUUUGUGGAUGUUAAUAAAUGUCUUAAGUGCAACACUCUCA